AUGUCGAAGACUCGAUUAGGAGUGGUAAUGCUACCAAGUGCAUAUAUUUUCACCCUUCUAUCUAUUAUUUUCCGAGCUGCUUCUGGAGCACUAGUAGCGUGUGACGAAUUACAAGCACGUUUUAGCGAAGAAUCGAGCGGAGUAGAAAUACCAAAAUAUAUUGCUCCUAACUCAAGUACCUACCUGAAUCGCACAAUAGUCUCCUGGUCUUCUAAUUGCUGGCAAAAUGCAUCAUGCAUUGUAUCUCCUGCCAGCCCCAAAGACGUAGCAGAGGUAUUAUCCAUCGUCACGUCUACUGGGGCGUCUUUUUCCAUCCGGAGCGGAGGACACGACUUUAAUAAAAAUCAUAGCAGCGUUGAGGGGGGAGUUAUCAUAGACUUGGUUAAUCUCAAUGGCAUCUCACUUAGCGCGGACGGUACCAAUGUAACUAUAGGGGUGGGCAGGCGUUGGGGGGAAGUAUACAAAGCUUUGAAUGGUACUGGAGUCUCCGUUAAUGGAGCCAGAGACUCUAGCCCCGGAGUAGGCGGACAGACGCUUGCUGGCGGCCAAGGAUGGUUCAGUAGCAUUGCGGGUGUCACGGCCGCAUCUGUGAUCGCAGCGGAAGUUGUUUUGGCGAAUUCGUCAAUUAUACAUGCUACCGAGGAAUACGCAGCAGACCUGUUGUGGGCUCUCAAAGGGGGAGGCCCAAAUUAUGGCAUCGUUACGUCCUUCACGUUCAAAACACUCCCAGUUAAAAAAGUUUGGUCCUUGUACAGGUCAUUCUCAUCUGAUAAAAACCAGAAGCUCUUGGAUGCACUUAUAGAGUACGGACAUUUAGCUUCACAUGAUAACAAGGCGAGCCUUGCUUUUGGACUAUCACAAGAUACCAGCUCCCCGCGCUCAUUCGUAUGGCUUUUUUAUGCAGAUACUACGGAGUUUCCAGAUGUCUUUAGACCUUUCUACGACAUCGAGCCUGCAACUGAAGGAAUUAGUUCAACAGUCGGAACCCAGGCAGACUUCGCUCUACCAAGUCCCCAGUUCCCCGACCCGGGAACGGUCCCGCUUAGGCAUUAUGUGGUGACGUUACCACAUAAACGGGAUAACGCGACGUACCGUGACGGCUACGCUGCUUACACCUCUUUUGCCGAGCAAGCGAUAGCCUCCGGAUGGACUAUGAGCUAUGGGUCGCAACUUUUUUCUGUGAGCGCCGUAAAAGCCUCGUCCAAAACGCCAUUGGGGCUGGAAGUGGUGGAUCAGGACUGGAUUCAUUGUACUUUACAAUGGGAAAAUCCGGAAGACGAUACUGUCGCGAUGCAACUCAUUGUCAACCUAGGGCAGCGUCUUGCUGAAGUUUCGGCGGUUCAUAAUUCCCAACUUGACUACCGGUUUAUGAACGAUGCAUAUGAUGGUCAAAAUGCUUUAUCGAGCUAUGGAGCAGAGAAUUUUAAGAAAUUAUUGGAUAUUAGUAAGAUAUACGAUCCUACUAGAGUCUUCCAGCGUCUGCAGCAUGGCGGAUGGUUAUUGAGUAAAGAGAUAUAA